AUGCCAGCCGCCAAAAAAGGACUAGCCAAGGGAAAAGUCGAAGAGCCGAGCCUACUGGAUCAGCUUAUCGGCGCUGUUUCGGCCCAGAAAGCUGCUUUUUGCUGUGGAGGGGAAGUUCAACUCUCUAACAAUGAAGAAAAUCUGUUGAGCCGCUUCGAGAACUUGACCUAUGACGACGGCAAAGCUACCUCCGCCUCUAUCGUGCUUCGCUGGGAUCUUCCCAGUGGCAAAACGGUCCGCAAAUUGGCACUGCCACCUUCCGAGGCUGCUGAUGGCGCAGCUGUCAUCGAAGGGCUCUUAAAGCAUUGUACACCUGCGACAUUCGGCAAGGCUGGAGAAGAAGUCCUCGAUGAGUCUUACCGCAAGGCUGCGAAGCUUGACGCGCAUCAAUUCUCCACCAACUUCAACCCACACGACGUUGGCAUUGUCGACGCCAUCUCGCAGAUACUCUUGCCUGGCAUCGCGAAGCCGUUUGUGGAUGGGAAAUCAACAUUCGAAGACAAUUUGGGUGUCGCAGCUGAGCUCUAUAAGCUCAAUAUCUACUCCGGCCCUUCUGGAAAAUUCCGUGCCCACGUCGACACUCCUCGCGGUGCCAAGCAGUUCGGCUCAUUGGUAAUCUGUCUACCCUAUCCUCACGAAGGCGGUCAACUACGCGUCGCUCAUCAAGGCCUAGAGACGAUCUUCGACUGGGGCCAGAAGGAAGCAAACAAAAUCCAGUGGGCAGCUUUCUACAGUGACUGCGAGCAUGAAGUAUUGGAGGUCAAGAGCGGCCACCGCAUUACCCUGACAUACAACUUGUAUGUGCGUGAGCGUCUUGGCGGUGUCAUGCGUCAAAACACAUCAGUCAACCUGAAACAAUACGCGCUCUCCAAUAAGUUCAUUGAUGCGUUAAAAGCGCCAGACUUCAUGACCAAGGGUGGCGUGCUGGGGUUCUACUGCCAACACGCAUACGCUCACACAAACGAUAAUCACCGCAACCGUCUCCCGUAUGCUCUCAAAGGUAUCGACGCCGUCUUCUACUCGACAUUUUACCACUUGGGACUAGAUGUCGAGGUACGGCCAGUGAUGAAAGGUAUGCCGGACGAAGAUGACCGCAAAUUGCGAAAACAGCUCCAAGGCGCCGAGUUGGUUGGUGCUAAACUCCACGGCGUGAUUCUAAGUGACGUCGGUGGCUGUGAGGACGAAGGUUCAGCAACGAUGAUUGUUAAGUCGAAAUGGCUUUCGGAGUGGUACAAGGGUAUCGUCUGGUUCAACGAGCCAGGACCGCGCGAGCUGGCUAUGGUUCACAUGGCAUACGGUAAUGAGCCGAGUCUGGAGUGGCAUUACUCAUCAGCCGCUAUACUCGUCAAGGUUCCGGCAUCUGGAUCAGAGUUGAGGGACAAAGUGACCAAAGGUUAA